UCUGCUGCCCGCCGCGCCGUGUGCCCUUUGGUUCCGCGGGCCUCGUGGACACCUCCCGCCAGUCCCAAGGGGGCAUCCGGGAGAAAGCCCCGCGGCGGGCGAUGACGCCGUCGUGUCAAGGGACCGUCUCCUGAGGCGUCCCUCCGGGGGGGAUGUGGCCCUUGGCGAGCCGCGGCGGCCGGAAAAAAUUGACAUGUCUAGAUUCCCUGUUGAAAACACUAGGAAUUUCAGUAUCAUUGCACAUGUGGACCAUGGCAAAAGUACUUUAGCCGACAGACUUCUAGAACUAACAGGGACAAUUGAUAAAACAAAGGAUAAUAAGCAAGUUCUUGAUAAAUUGCAAGUGGAGCGAGAAAGAGGAAUCACUGUUAAAGCACAGACAGCAUCUCUGUUCUAUGCUUGGGAAGGAAAGCAGUACCUUUUAAAUCUUAUUGAUACACCAGGCCAUGUUGAUUUUAGUUAUGAAGUAUCCAGGUCACUCUCUGCUUGCCAGGGUGUUUUACUUGUGGUUGAUGCAAAUGAGGGUAUUCAAGCCCAAACUGUAGCAAACUUCUUUCUUGCUUUUGAAGCACAACUAUCAGUAAUUCCAGUUAUAAACAAGAUAGAUCUGAAGAAUGCUGAUCCUGAAAGUGUUGAAAAACAAAUUGAAAAACUAUUUGAUAUUCCAAGUGAUGAAUGUAUUAAGAUUUCUGCUAAAUUUGGAACAAAUGUUGAACGUGUUCUUCAGGCAGUCAUUGAAAGAAUACCCCAUCCUAAAGUGCAUCGCAAAAAUCCUCUGAGAGCUUUGGUAUUUGAUUCCACCUUUGACCAGUAUAGGGGUGUGAUAGCCAAUGUAGCUUUAUUUGAUGGAAUGGUUUCCAAAGGAGAUAAAAUUGUAUCUGCACAUGCUCAAAAGACAUAUGAAGUUAAUGAAAUAGGAAUUCUCAAUCCUAAUGAACAGCCAACUGAUAAACUAUAUGCAGGACAGGUGGGCUAUCUGAUUGCUGGGAUGAAAGAUGUCACUGAAGCACAAAUAGGAGAUACAUUAUAUUUACAUAAGCAACCAGUGGAACCCUUGCCUGGGUUUAAGUCAGCGAAACCAAUGGUAUUUGCAGGAAUGUACCCUAUAGAUCAAUCUGAAUAUAAUAACCUGAAGAGUGCAGUGGAAAAACUGACUUUAAAUGAUUCCAGUGUGACAGUUCAUCGGGAUAGUAGCCUUGCCCUAGGUGCUGGCUGGAGGUUGGGAUUUCUUGGACUUUUGCAUAUGGAAGUUUUCAACCAGCGACUAGAGCAAGAAUAUAAUACUUCUGUUAUUUUGACAACCCCUACUGUUCCAUACAAAGCUGUUCUUUCGUCAGCAAAAUUGAUAAAGGAAUACAGAGAAAAGGAAAUUACAAUCAUCAAUCCUGCACAAUUCCCUGAUAAAUCAAAAGUGAUAGAGUAUUUGGAGCCAGUUGUUUUGGGCACCAUUAUCACGCCAGAUGAAUAUACUGGAAAAAUAAUGAUGCUUUGCCAGGCUCGAAGAGCAGUUCAGAAGAAUAUGAUAUUUAUUGAUCAAAAUAGAGUUAUGCUGAAAUAUCUCUUCCCUUUGAAUGAAAUUGUGGUGGACUUUUAUGAUUCUUUGAAAUCCCUAUCUUCUGGCUAUGCUAGUUUUGAUUAUGAAGAUGCAGGCUACCAGACUGCAGAACUUGUGAAAAUGGAUAUUCUAUUGAAUGGAAAUAUUGUUGAAGAGCUAGUAACUGUUGUACACAAAGACAAAGCGCAUUCUGUUGGCAAAAUCAUAUGUGAACGUCUGAAGGAUUCUCUGCCUAGGCAGCUAUUUGAGAUUGCAAUUCAAGCUGCCAUUGGAAGUAAAAUCAUUGCAAGAGAAACUGUGAAAGCCUAUAGGAAAAAUGUUUUGGCAAAAUGUUAUGGUGGUGAUAUUACUCGAAAAAUGAAACUUUUGAAGAGACAAGCAGAAGGAAAGAAAAAAUUGAGGAAAGUUGGCAAUGUUGAAGUUCCAAAAGAUGCCUUUAUAAAAGUUCUAAAAACACAAUCUGAUAAAUAAUUGUUGGGAAAAUAGAAGAAAUUGCUAUCAAUUAAAAAUUGUUUUGCUUUUUUAUUUUAGCAGUUUAUAUUAUGUUGACAAAGGAAUAAAAAUUACAGCAUUUGCUUGGUACUUCCAGAGAUUUCAGGUAUAAAUAACCUGUUUACCUUUGAAGGGCGUAAUAGGUGGGUAAGAGCUUGAAUUCCAUUUUCUUUUUAAAUAUUUAUUUAUUUAUUAGUACAAGAACUGGGAUGUAGGCCAGAGGUGUGGGGGAUGAGAAGAUUCACCAGAGAGAGUGGGGAGCAGAAACGGCAGAUGUACUGAAAUUCACUGCUGAGGGGAGCAGCCAGUGAGGCAGGAGAGGCCUGCUGGGCCAUGUGGGUUAGCUCCCUGACCUGUAUUGAACUCAUGCUUCAGUGGCUGGUGAUAGCUUGACAGCACUGAGACUUUAACCCCUGAGCCAUGAGGGAGGCCAAAGAGCUUGAAUUCUAAAGCCAUAUUGCCUGGUUUCAAAUUUUUGUUCUACCACUUAACAAGGUGAUUCUGGCAAAAUUUACUUACCCUGUCUACUCUCGUAGUAAAAUUGAGAUUAUAUUAUUUAUCAAACAUUUGAGGUUGUCACAACUCAGGUCAGGUAGGUUUAUAAAAUGCCAAAUAUGCAGAAGAAAAGGGAAUAUUUUUCACUCCUCAUGGAGCAUGACUAAGGAAUUCUAGGCAGAAAAAAUCUUUUAGCUAGAAACUAAUUGUAUGAUUGCAACAGACAAAAAGAAGGCUCAGCUACUAAUUGUUGGGUGGAAUCUCUUGGAUGCAUAUGUUCUUUUCUGGAAAUAAAUUUUAGAUAACAUUUGUUUAUUCAUAAGCUUUAUUUGAGUUAAAGAUAAGCAAUAAACGUAUUUGCAAUUUAAUGAUGCAAGUUAUAGCAAUUUAAAAUAGUUUACAGGAAUUUUAUAUAAACUAAAUCAUUUUAUCCUUUUAGACACAUUUAUAUAUAGGGAAUAAAUCUAAUCAUUAUGAAAUUUAACAAUUGGAAAAUUUUCUUCAAAAGAAUUUUCUUAAGUAUGUUGCUAGGUAUAAAGCUCAUAAUUGCCAAAAUAUUUAUAUUAAGAGCAGGAACCCAAGUCAUUAAAUAAAAAUAAGCACAUUUGUAAAAAAGUGCUGUAGAAGAAGGUGCACCAAAAACAUGCACUUAUACAUACUUUCCAAAAAGACGUAAACUGUACUUUUAGGCACUGUCAACUCCUAGUUUUCUGUACCAAUGAUAUGAAGCAGGACAUUUGAUGUCCAAAUGCUACUACAGGACAAUAAACUAAGGCAACCACGUGCAGAAAGCUGUGUGUAAUAUAAAGCAUAAUGUCCCAAAGUAAAGACUUGCUAUGAUAGUUGUUUGAUACCUGAAAGGCUCAGGGAGUGACUUCAUGUGAUUAAAAAAUAAAAAUCUAAGAAUGCCAUGGAAAUAAUUAAUGGUACUUGUACAAAACUGUUACCUUUAAAAUGACUUAAAAUUUUUAAAUAGGCGGAUAUUUCAUCUCUGUGCUGUUGCAAAGGGUGGCCCAGGCGUCAGUACUUCAUCAUGAUAAUAAACUAAUCAAUGGAGAGCUAAUUACUACUUCUAAACCAUAGUAUAAAAUGGACAUUCUAAAUAUGGAAUGUUUAACACAUAGGUACUGGACUUCAAUAUGACAAUCUUAAAAAAUCCCAUUUUAUCAUAUUGCAUAGCUGAGAAUUCAUCUAAUGAAAGUGUCCUGUUCAUUCAAGCAGAAUUUGGCGUCAAUCUCCUUCAGUUUCCUUCUUUCAUACUGUGUAGUGGAUCCACAAGUUUAUUGUGCACAUGCAUUAAACCUUAAAAAAAAAAAAGCACAGUUCUGAUUGUAUUAAUCUUGAGUUAUUUAUUUUAGAAAACAAAAGAUUUUAUAAGUAUAAUGCUUCCCAUUUGAUAUAGUUUACUUAAAAAAGGUUCAGAAUAUUUUGGAAUGUUUUAUCUACCUAGUAGAUACAAUUUACUGGUAUUUAUGAAAAUACAGAUCUAGAAUAUGUGUAUAUAGGUUCUUUGGGGGCAGCCAGAAGUUGGAGUAGGUGCUUCAGUAUGACAAUAACAAAUUUGAGUAUUGACUUGGUUAUUCUAUUCAAUUAAAUCUAAAAAUCUUAUGUUGAUUUUUGAUUCUCAGGCAGUUCUUUCGCCAGAUUUUAGCAAGGGUCUAAACUGCUGUUACACUAGUAUGACCUAUAGUUCUUCAAAGUUACCUUUUUCCAUUCAUCUGGCAAAUUAUUUUCCACUAUUUUGACCUAUAUAUUUACAACAGAGGUUGCUUAUAGGCCGUACUGAAGGUGGUUUACUAAAAUAAUUCAGCCUAUAUUAAAUAUUUCCAAGUAAAUUUAAGUUUUAUAAUUGGUAUGCUUGAACGCUGUAUAUUAAAGCUUGAGAACAAAAUUGUCUUCUAGUUACUUAUAAGUCAAUACAUAUACACUGUAUUUUGGGGAGUGGGGGAUAAAAUAUCCCAACUAAUAAUCUGGAUAAAGAAAUCAGUUAAAUUUUUCAGAUUAAAAUAUGGUAAGGAACUGUGGAAAGAAACUCAGUAUGGUGGUCUCAGGUAAUGGAAUUAUUGGAAUGAGAGAAUGGUACUUGUGUGCAAAGUGGAUGUUUUUCCAGAAGGCAGCAAAAAGCACUCUAAAAUCCAAACUGAAGAAAGUGGGACCAAUUUUUAGAAAUGAGCAAGGGAUGGACUGUACAAAGAACACUGAGAAAUGUUCAUAUGGUAGGCCAAAAACUAUAAGUCUUGAAGGAAGAGAAACAUACAUUGGUUCAACUGAAAGCGAGAGAAUGCAAACUGCAAUAGCCUACCCCUGGUGUCUAAUUGGCACUUCAAACUUAGCAAGUUCAGAUCCACUUUUCCCUUCCAAACCAUUUCUUUGUUAAUCCUGGUAUAUUGUGUUAUGCUUCAAUCAAUUGUGAAAGCCAAAAAACUAAAACUCACACUUGAUUUUUCUUCAUGGAUAACCACCCUAGUCCAAGCCACUUUUAUUUCUAAUCUGGCUACUGCCAGAUAAGCACCCUACUUUAUUUACCCAUUCUAUAAAACAAUUUGGUAUACAGGCAACCUAUUAUUUUUAAAACCUAAAACUGAUUAUGUCAUUUCCCUACUUAAAUCCUCCAGUUGCUUCUGGUCACUUACAAUAAUUUGGAUUUUAUGCUAAUGUUUUCAUUUAUAGUUAUGCUAUUAUAUCCUGUCAUUCUCUGCCUCUGUGUACUCCAUGCUGGGGUUGUUGCUUUUACCUCAAAAAGGCUAGUUGGCUCCAGUGUAGGGUCUUCAUACUUAAUGUUUCAUUCGGCCUGGAAUGCUCUUUUCCCUGGGCAAAGCAUGACUCUUUCUUUUUUGCUUAUUAGGUCUCAGUCCAAAUGUCACCUUAAAAUAAAUUACUAUUUCACUUUCUUUUCAGCAAUUUUCAUUAUUAGAAAAUGCUUUUCUACCAUGUAUCCAACUAGAAAGUGAGGUACAGGGCCUUACACUCUCUGUUCAAGUCCUGUUUCUGUAAAGGCUCAUUGUGAGAGCUCAGUAAACAUUUGGGAAGUCUGAAGGUUCAGACAGUGGCUCCAGAAGCUUUUUCUUUUUAAAAAUGUAUCUUGAACAUAGUGAUUAAAAAGAGGCAGGAUUAAAAAAAGGGUGAAGAGACAGGAAAGCAAGAUUCUGUAGUUCAAGGUCCUUAGACAAAAGAAUUAAGAGCAGGCAAAAAUGGCUAGAGCAGGGCCUCCUCGGUGGCG